AUGGAGCUCUGCCGCCUGCGGACCUCGGCGCAACCCCCCCAGCCACAGCCCUUCCCCAAUUCCGAUGCAGAGCGUGAGACACUGCGGAGGGCUGUACCGGAGGCGGAUCCACUGGCAAGCUUGUACUCCGUACUUCGUACUGGGGAGUCGGGACUAUCCCCUGAGCAAGCUCCACAACCCGAUAAACUUGGGGCUUGA